AUGUGGAAAACUCACUACGACGUUAUCAUUGUCGGCGCCGGCGUCGUUGGCUGCACUCUCGCCCAUGCUCUGUCCACCAUUCCACGCGAAAAGCCCCUUCGUAUCGCCUUGCUUGAACGCUCCCUGGCAGAACCCGACCGGAUUGUUGGUGAACUGCUGCAACCUGGAGGCGUCGACUGCAUGAAAAACCUUGGAUUGGAGGCUUGCUUUGACGGUAUUGAUGCUGUCCCCGUAAAGGGCUACUGUGUCGUCGACAAAGGCAAGCCCGUCCACAUCCCAUAUCCAGAUGGCCACGAGGGACGCUCUUUCCACCAUGGAAAGUUCAUCAUGAAACUUCGGGAGGCUGCAAAGAAGGCAGAGGGUGUCGAAGUUAUCGAGGCGACCGUCACAGACUUGAUUGAGGCCAACUUCAACAAGCAAGUCAUUGGUGUACGUGCGACGAGGAAGGACGGGCUGACGACGGGAGGUGAAGCAGACAAGGAAUCCUUCUUUGCUGACCUCGUCGUCAUUGCCGAUGGAUGCUUCUCCAAUUUUAGGGGUGCUGUAAUGGGUGACAGGCUCUGUAAGCCUGUAACGAAGAGCCAUUUUGUUGGGCUCGUGCUCGAGGAUGCUGUAUUGCCGAUACCCAACCAUGGUACCGUUGUGCUCGUGAAGGAUUACGGUCCAGUACUACUAUACCGCAUUGGCGAACGCGACACUCGCCUGCUUGUUGACGUCAAGGCCCCCAUACCCGCCGACCUUGAGUCCCAUAUAACAAAAAACAUCCUUCCUCAGUUACCCUCAUUUGUCCAAAACUCUGUCCGCGACGCGUUGAAGAAGGACCGCCUUCGUCGUAUGCCGAAUUCCUUCCUCCCUUCAGUUAUACAAGGCAGUUCUAUGCCUGUUGCCAAGGAGGGCGUGUUUCUCGUGGGCGACGCGUGGAACAUGCGCCAUCCUCUGACUGGUGGAGGAAUGACAGUAGCGUUCAAUGACGUUGUCAUUCUUCGGGAUUUGUUAACGCGUGUUAAGAAGCUGGAUGAUUGGAGAGCCGUACGUACGGUAUUGCGCAAGUGGCAUUGGCAGCGAAAGCCGGUCGCAUCGACAGUCAAUAUUUUGAGUGUAGCAUUAUACGACCUUUUCGGUGCUGAAGACGAGGAACUUGAGGUUCUUCGUACGGGUUGUUUCAAGUACUUUGAACGAGGCGGUGAAUGUAUAAGGGGGCCCGUCUCCCUCUUAUCUGCCAUCUGCCCUUCACCCGUAUUACUAUUUAAUCACUUCUUCUCGGUCGCCUUGUACUCGAUUUGGGUCAUGUUCACACAUCCCCGGACUAUCCAGAGCCGAGCUGAUGAAAAACUGAAGGCUAUUGCCCGGCAAUUUGACGAAUACCCAAUGUUAUUUUUCAAAAGUCUUCGGGUGUUCUGGACAGCGUGCGUAGUGUUUGGACCACUACUGUGGUCAGAAAUCCGAUGGUGGUCGCCUGAUGAUGUCAAGGCUCGACGGAGAGCCCAGAUGGUUGGAUUCGGGAUUCCUUUGCUUGUCGUUGCAGCCUCGAUGAUAGCAUUGCAGUCAUGA